AUGACCCUCAGCUCAUGCGAUGAAGCCAAAAGCAAAUUCAACGGUGUUGGGUGCUCGUGCUUUACCUGCACCGAAACCAACGGCGAGAUCAAGGCAUCGUGCUCGGCUCCGUUUACUUGUGCGCCUCAGUUUGCCUCCUCCGAAGAAGAAACAUCAGACGCCCCGGACAUGAGCAGCAAGGACUACGGCAUCGUGUGCGCUGUGUACAUCGCUACUGCAAUCGCCCUCGCGGGAGGCGCUGCCGCUGUGACUUUCUUCUGCUUCCCCAAAAAGCUCAAAGGGGAGCCCUCAAGCAAGGAGCUCGAUGAUGGAUCGCCGACAGACUUCGUCGAUUACUUUUGCGACAAGAAGGAGCUCGUGGGGUUCCUCGACUGCCGCAAGAAGACGGCGGCUCAUUUAGCCAAGGAGAGCGACGAUGACCAAGAAGCCAACGGACGUCGGCUGAAGGUAAUUGGGAUAACGCUGGCAGCAGGUUGGGGGUACGAACAGCUUGUUGGCUCUGGAACGGUCUUCGGGCAAUUCGUGGUGUACUCGAUCGGCUACUACAUGUGGUACCGCCCCCAACUCGAGCUGAUGAAGAGUGCAGGAGCAGCCGCUGUUCACCCUCAUGCAGGCCAAGGCUUGGACGACAGCAUCAUGAAGACCGAUGGCGUUAAAGCUGCCAUGGGCAAGCCAGUGACUGUCGAAGAAGUCACUUUGCAGCCCCCAACGCAACAACAGUAG